AUGAAGGUUGUUGUGAUAUGCAGCUUUCGAGGAUCUGUCCCUCAAGGGUUGGUCUUAGAAAUAGGAGAAACAGUCCAGAUUCUUGAAAAGUGUGAAGGUUGGUAUAGAGGAGUUUCAACAAAGAAGCCAAAUGUAAAGGGGAUAUUUCCUGCAAAUUACAUUCAUUUGAAAAAAGCAAUUGUCAGUAAUAGAGGCAAAACUAUACAAGAGUUGGCUAUACAACAGUGCUUAUUGAAAACAGAUAAGUAGUGCAUUUGGUACAUUAUUUUUACUUAAUAUUUUUGAUUUUUUGAAACACAUGCAUAUAAUUCUAUAACAAAACUUAUUUAUACUACUAAACAUAAAACAAGCAAAGACUACUAAGUAGCUGAUGGGAAAAUGGCAACUUGUUAAUGUUUUCUGAAGAAUACUUAAGGUAGAGAGAAGUUUAUAUAUAC